AGACUAGAGCAUAUUAAUUUUAAGUUCACAGCUUGCAGUUUGCACUUAAUUUUAAAAGAAUUUUGAAUGGGUUAAUUUAAUUGGCAUUUAAAAUUUACCAAAAUGAAUUCAGUGCUAAAUCCAGAAGCUCCAGAGUUUUAUCCUCAUUUGACUUCAGUAACGCAGAGUGGUUACACAAAAGUAAAUAAGUCAAUAAGAGCAUCAAAUCAGCUACCAACUGGAGCUUCACACGAUUUCUUCAGAACCUUGAUUGACUUUAACAUAGUGACACGCCAGCUCGGUGAAAAUGUUAUUGUACAGUCUAACCAGAUACUGGCCAUCGAGUUGCCAGCUGUGAAGUUGAAAUGCUUUGACAACGAAAACAACAUGGAUAAGAUAGUUGACGCCAACGACAGCUUGCUGGAUCGCGUGAACGUUAACAUCGACGCCGUGAACGGUGUGAACAGGCCGAGCGAGCGCUUCCUGGACGGCAUGCGGCCACAGGUGGCUUCGUGGAACCACGCCCCCGUCAUAGCCAAGAUACAGAUGGGCGAGACAGUGUUCAUAGGCGCAAAGAACAUUCCGCGGCCGCAGCUUAGCUUCAAGGACGCCGUGGACAACUCUGACAGCCUGUGGGUGCCGCGCAUCUCCGACAAACCGAACAAUAUCAAACCUCUCGCGCUCAGCAUACUCUACAACGAUGAAGGCGAAGCGGUUGGGUACGAACACCCCUACAAAGUGGAGCUGGAGUUGUACCGUCCACCUAACCGAUUCCUGGACUCUAGUCCGGAGCCGUCCUUCCCACCGCCCUUGGAGGAUACCCCUCUCACCAUAGUGGAUACGGCCCCAGCCCUGGACGGCCUGAUGGAACACCUGGCCACCGUCCACGAACUAGCUGUGGAUUUGGAACACCAUUCGUAUAGAACUUACCAAGGUAUCACAUGCCUCAUACAGAUUACGACGGAGGAAGGCGGCGACUUCAUCGUGGACGCAUUAGCUCUGCGCGAACAUCUGCACAGGCUCAACGAGGUUUUCACGGACCCCAAGAAACUGAAGGUAUUUCACGGCGCCGAGAACGAUGUACUGUGGUUGCAGCGCGACUUUGGCGUUUACGUGGUGGGUUUGUUCGACACGCAUCAAGCGGCGCGAGUGUUGCGCCUGCCCUCGCUCUCACUCAAGCACCUGCUCAUGCAGUACUGCGCCGUCGACGCCGAUAAGAAAUUCCAACUAGCCGAUUGGCGUAUCCGUCCCCUACCAUCGGAACUGGUGUCAUACGCGCGAGGAGAUACCCACUACUUGUUGUACGUGGCGCGUCGAAUGCGAGCAGAACUCGCCAAACUCGGGCAUAGACAACUGCUAGCCGUCUACGAGCAGAGCAGGCAUAUUUGUCUACAGACGUACAACAAGGAAGUGGUGCGUGCCGAUAGCCACAUGCCGCUGUACGUGCGCUCUAGGAAGAGCUUCAACAGUCGCCAGCUGGCGGCGCUCAAGCUGCUCUACACUUGGCGGGACCAACACGCGCGCGAGCUAGACGAAAGCACUACGUAUCUAUUGCCGAACCAUAUGCUGCUCUCGUUGGCGGAAUCUUUGCCGCGCGACGUGCAGGGAGUCGCCGCCUGCUGCAGCCCCACACCGCCCUUCGUCAAACAACACCUGGUGGCCAUCCACCGCAUGCUACUAUCCUGCCGCGAGCUGCCGCUGGAGCCGCAGCUGUUCCAGAUGCCGGCCAGCAUCAGCGCCAUGCACGCGCCCGCGCCCACACUACACCUGCACGACCUGGCGCACCUGCCGGACAUGGGUUGCGAGAUAGACCUGGAGCGAUGGUCGGAAGGCUGCUCUCCGACCGUGUUCGUGGCUGAUGUGCCCGCGCUCAUGGAACCGCCCCGCCCCGCCGCCCCGCUCGUGUCCGAUCUGAAUGCAGAAGCGAAGCUGUUCAUACCACCCUUCGAUAGGUACAGAAAAUAUCGUGCGCUGGCGCAGAUCGAGGAAAUCAAAGAGUACAAAGACAAGGAAGCGAAGAUCGCGGCGUUGGGCAGAGGCGACGAGCUCAUCAAGACAGAGGUACUGCUCAAACUGCAGCAGGCCAAGACUAAGAUCGAAAACGAAAAGGAGAAGGAUGUGAUUGUGAUUGAAGACGAGCCGGCGACCAAGAAAAAGGCGCACAGGAAGAGGAAAAUGUCAGGGGAGAAACCUACACCCGCAGCGACUCCUACCCCCGCGCCCGUUCUCCCCAAAACCGAGCAUACCAUAUAUAAAAACGCGAACUACAGAAAGUUCUACGACGACUCGCAGAAGGCGCGCCGGCAACCCAAAAUGAAGUUUAAGAAACACAAAUAGUUUCUAUUAUAUACAAUAUAAUAAAUAUAUAUUUUAAGCGAAACUUAGUAAUUAUACACAUAUUUUAUAUACC